CCCCCAUUCAUCACUUCCCUCAGAGAGUUGGACUUGAAUUUCCUCUGAUUCGAUUGCAGCCUCCUUGGUGAUUAAUCGCCAUGGCUACAACAGUCUCAACCAUUGGAGCUGUUAACAGAACACCGCUGAGCUUGAACAGCUCUGGUACUGGAGGUUCAGUCCCAAGCUCCGCCUUCUUCGGGAGCAGUUUGAAGAAGGUGAGCUCAAGAUUCACCCACCCAAAGAUUGCAUCUGGAAGCUUUAAGGUGGUUGCAGAAAUCGACGAGAAUGAGCAAACUGAAAAGGACAGAUGGAAAGGGCUUGCCUACGAUGUGUCUGAUGACCAGCAGGAUAUCACCAGAGGAAAGGGAAUGGUGGAUUCUCUUUUCCAAGCUCCCAUGCAAUCUGGAACCCACUAUGCUGUGAUGAGUUCAUAUGAAUACCUCAGCACCGGACUUCGCCAAUACAACUUGGAUAACAACAUGGAUGGAUUCUACAUUGCUCCAGCAUUCAUGGACAAGCUUGUGGUUCACAUCACCAAAAACUUCAUGACCCUGCCUAACAUCAAGGUUCCCCUCAUUCUGGGUAUUUGGGGAGGCAAAGGUCAGGGGAAAUCUUUCCAGUGUGAGCUUGUCUUCUCUAAGAUGGGAAUCAACCCCAUCAUGAUGAGUGCUGGAGAACUUGAAAGUGGGAAUGCAGGAGAACCUGCAAAACUGAUAAGGCAGAGGUACCGUGAGGCAGCUGACAUCAUCAGGAAGGGAAAAAUGUGCUGCCUCUUCAUCAAUGAUCUUGAUGCAGGAGCAGGUAGGCUUGGUGGAACUACCCAAUACACUGUCAACAACCAGAUGGUGAAUGCAACCCUCAUGAACAUUGCCGAUAACCCGACAAAUGUCCAGCUCCCUGGUAUGUACAACAAAGAGGAAAAUCCCCGCGUCCCCAUCAUUGUCACUGGCAAUGACUUCUCAACUCUGUAUGCCCCUCUCAUUCGUGAUGGUCGUAUGGAGAAAUUCUACUGGGCUCCUAAUAGGGAGGACCGGAUUGGUGUUUGCAAGGGAAUCUUCAGGAGCGACAACGUUCCUGAUGAUGAUAUUGUCAAGAUUGUUGACACCUUCCCAGGGCAAUCCAUUGACUUCUUUGGUGCCCUCAGAGCUCGGGUUUAUGACGAUGAAGUAAGGAAGUGGAUAUCAGGUGUUGGAGUUGACUUCAUUGGCAAGAAGCUUGUUAACUCAAAGGAGGGUCCCCCAACUUUUGAGCAGCCCAAGAUGACAGUUGAGAAGCUCCUCGAGUAUGGUAACAUGCUUGUGAUGGAACAGGAGAAUGUGAAGAGAGUUCAAUUGGCUGACAAGUACUUAAGCGAGGCAGCUCUUGGAGAUGCGAACGUGGAUUCCAUCGAGAGAGGAGCCUUUUAUGGCAAGGCAGCCCAACAAGUUGGUGUUCCUGUUCCUGAAGGUUGCACUGAUCCAUCUGCAGCAAACUUUGAUCCAACUGCUAGGAGUGAUAAUGGGAGCUGCCAGUACUGAAGCCUGCCUCUUUUAUUCUUCCCUUUAUAUUGGACCAUCUCAGGAAGGAUAAACCCUUUCUGGGGAAUGAGGAAUUGGUCAUAUUGCCACCUCUAUUUUCAUGGAUUAAUAUCAUGUAAUUUUGUGUUAUGAUAUUCCCUCUGUUUAAAUUCCAAUGGGUGCUUUGUUUUUCUUUCAAACUA